CGCCUGGGCCCAGUUUCCGGCGUCAUCAGGACGCUACCCGGGCGCCCAGGGCGGGCUCCGAGAUCCCGGAGGAAUGCGCUGCAGUGGGUGAUUUUCUUGUUAGCAGGGUCUCUCCCUGAGGACGGCGUGUGAAGUGCGUAUAAGAAACCAUUCUUGGACGGCGGAGGAAGAAGCAGAAUUGGGGACGGGCGGCUGCCCACUUGGCUGGAAUGAAGGAUGGCCACACGCCGUGCAUUAAAAGCUGUUUUGGUAGAUCUCAAUGGCACACUUCAUGUUGAAGAUGCAGCUGUGCCGGGCGCACAGGAAGCUCUUAAAAGGUUACGUGGUGCUUCGGUAAUGAUUAAGUUUGUGACCAAUACAACCAAAGAGAGCAAGCAAGACCUAUUGAAAAGGUUGAAAAAAUUGGAGUUUGAUAUUUCCGAAGAUGAAAUCUUCACUUCUCUGACUGCAGCUAGAAAUUUAGUAGAGGAGAAGCAAGUUAGGCCCAUGCUGCUAGUUGAUGACCGGGCACUACCUGAUUUCAAAGGAAUACAGACAGAUGAUCCUAAUGCUGUGGUCAUAGGAUUGGCCCCGGAACAUUUUCAUUAUCCAGCUCUGAAUCAAGCGUUUCGGUUACUCCUGGACGGAGCGCCUCUUAUAGCGAUCCACAAAGCCAGAUAUUACAAGAGGAAAGAUGGCUUAGCCCUGGGGCCUGGACCAUUUGUGACUGGCUUAGAGUAUGCCACCGAUACCAAAGCCACAGUUGUGGGGAAACCAGAGAAGACGUUCUUCUUGGAGGCAUUGCGGGGCACUGGCUGUGAACCUCAGGAGGCUGUCAUGAUAGGCGACGAUUGCAGGGAUGAUGUUGGCGGGGCUCAAAAUGCUGGCAUGCUGGGCAUCUUAGUAAAAACUGGGAAGUAUCGAGCAGCAGAUGAAGAAAAAAUUAAUCCACCUCCUUACUUGACUUGUGAGAGCUUUCCUCAUGCCGUGGACCACAUUCUGCAGCACCUGCUGUGAACCGUGAUGUGAACCUGAAGCAACAUGAGACACGGCUUGUCACGGUCUGGAAUGAAUCCCUUACCGCCCAGAGCCGGCGUAAAUAGAUAACCACCGCACCCUGCUGCCGAGUUGUAACCCUCCUUUAUUGUGCAUUAAUUAAAAAGAAAGGUAUUGAAUUGCA